AUGACGAGCGGUCAAGAUGCUUGGGUCACGCUGACCCCUGCAGAAUUUGCUCUAUUGCAGGAGUACACUCAGUACUCCAGCAAGAAGCUGAAAGAUGUGCUGCAGGAGUUCCACGGAGAUGGCGUGCUGGCAAAAUACAAUCCAGAGGAGAAACAGGAAAUCCUCAGCCAGGAGAUCGACUUUGAGGGCUUCAAAGUCUUCAUGCAGACGUUCCUGGAAAGUGAGUUGCCGCAAGAGUUCUGCCAGCAUCUCUUCAUGUCCUUCAGCAACAAGGACCACGCCAGCCCGUCCUCGGACAAGCCCAGAGUGUCUGGCCUAAAGCUGAUCAAAAGCAACUCGACUCCCCUGAGGACCAAUACCCUGCCCGAUCCUCCAAAUAUGGUGCAGCUCAAAGACAUUGUGUGUUACCUGUCGCUGCUGGAGGGAGGAAGGCCUGAGGACAAAUUGGAGUUUAUGUUUCGCCUCUAUGACACCGACGGAAACGGAUCUUUGGAUAGCUCGGAGCUGGAGCACAUCAUCUCGCAGAUGAUGCACGUGGCCGAGUACCUGGAAUGGGAUGUGACCGAGCUCAAACCCAUCCUGCAGGAAAUGAUGCAGGAGAUUGACUACGACCACGACGGUACCGUUUCUCUGGAGGAGUGGAUCCAAGGAGGAAUGACCACCAUCCCGCUGCUGGUUCUGUUAGGUCUGGAGACUAAUGUAAAAGAUGACGGUCAGCACGUAUGGCGUCUAAAGCACUUCAACAAGCCGGCUUACUGCAACCUUUGCCUCAACAUGCUCAUCGGUCUCGGCAAGCAGGGACUCUGCUGCUCGUUCUGCAAGUACACGGUCCACGAGCGCUGUGUGGCCCGCGCGCCGCCCUCUUGCAUCAAAACCUACGUCAAGUCCAAGAAAAACACCGAGCUCAUGCACCACUUCUGGGUGGAAGGGAACUGCCCCACCAAAUGUGACAAGUGCCACAAAACCAUUAAAUGUUACCAGGGCCUGACUGGGCUCCACUGCGUGUGGUGUCAAAUCACGCUCCAUAACAAGUGUGCCUCCCACGUGAAGCCAGAAUGUGACUGUGGACCUCUGAAGGAUCACAUCUUGCCGCCCAACUCCAUCUGCCCUGUUGUUCUGGAAAGGCAGUCGACGUUGAGGAAAGACUCGCGGUGCAGUCAGUCAAGUCGUGGAAAGGUGCAAAGAGCCAACUCUGUUACCGUGGAUGGGCAAGGCCUGCAGAUCACGACAAUGGAGGGCACUCAUCCGCUGCUGGUGUUUGUCAAUCCGAAGAGUGGCGGCAAACAGGGAGAAAGAAUCUACAGGAAGUUCCAGUACCUCCUGAACCCGAGACAAGUGUACAACCUGGCAAAGAAUGGACCCAUGCCCGGGUUGAAUUUCUUCCGAGAGGUCCCCGAUUUCCGGGUUUUGGCGUGCGGAGGGGAUGGCACAGUUGGCUGGAUUCUGGACUUUAUUGACAAGGCCAACUUGGACCGGAACCCACCCGUGUGUGUACUUCCUCUCGGCACAGGAAAUGACUUGGCUAGAUGUCUGCGCUGGGGAGGAGGCUACGAGGGUGAGAGCCUGCUCAAGAUCUUACGCGAUAUCGAAAACAGCAGCGAGGUGAUGCUAGACCGCUGGAAGAUCGACGUCACGGCCACCGACAAGGACGAGCGCGGCGACCCGGUGCCCUACAGCAUUGUAAACAACUACUUCUCCAUCGGAGUGGAUGCCUCCAUCGCACAUCGCUUCCAUGUGAUGAGAGAGAAGCACCCGGAGAAAUUUAACAGCAGAACAAAGAACAAGUUGUGGUACUUUGAGUUCGGCACUUCCGAGACAUUCUCGGCCACGUGCAAGAAGCUGCAUGAUUUUCUGGAGGUUGAGUGUGACGGCGUGACCCUCGACCUGAGCUCCGUUUCCUUGGAGGGCAUCGCCAUCCUCAACAUUCCCAGCAUGCACGGCGGCUCCAACCUGUGGGGCGAGAGCAAGAAGAGGCGGGGUCACCGCAAGGCGGCCAAGAAGGGCCCGGAUAGGAGGACGCCUUUGACCGAUCCCAAAGAGCUCAUGUUUGCGGUUCAAGACCUGUCAGAUCAGCUGUUGGAAGUGGUCGGCCUGGAGGGUGCUAUGGAAAUGGGCCAAAUCUACACGGGUCUAAAGAGUGCUGGAAGACGCCUGGCGCAGUGCUCCUCUGUCACCAUCAGAACCAGUAAAUCCCUUCCCAUGCAGAUUGAUGGUGAGCCUUGGAUGCAGACUCCCUGCACUAUCGAGAUCGUCCACAAGAACCAAGCUCCCAUGCUGAUGGGUCCUCAGCCGAGUCGAAGCUUCUUCUCAUCACUGGUGCGAAGACGGCGGGCGGAAAGCAAUGACUGA